CAAAUCAAUGUUCGAAAAAAAGACCUUAAAAGAACGAUUUGCGUUCUUAAAAGAUCCUCGAUUUUACAAGGUCUUAAUCUUGGGCCAAGUGCUUUCGUUGUGUAUCACUGGUACUAAUGUAACCACCACGAAAUUAAGUCUCUCUUAUAAUUUUGCUGCUCCUACCACCCAAACCUUCCUCGUCUAUGCAACAUUGGCAGUAGUUUAUAACAGUUAUGCUAUUUACAAACGAGGUAUCCGAGGUUGGUUACUUCAAUUCAGGCGUCGUGGGCUUUAUUAUUUGAUCUUGGGUGCCAUUGAUGUCGAGGGUAAUUAUUUUGUAGUUAAAGCCUACCAAUACACCUCUCUCUUAUCUGCUAUGCUUUUAAACUGCUGGAGUACACCCGUUUGUAUGCUCUUAUCUUUCAUCUUUAUGAAGAUCCGUUAUCGUUGGGUUCAAUACGUGGGUGUCGUGAUUGCCUUGGGAGGUAUGGGCAUGUUGAUCGCCAGUGAUGUCAUGGAAGGAAAAGAUUAUGCUGCUGUCGAUGCUGUUAAAGGUGACCUCUUUUGUCUCUUGGGUGCCACACUCUAUGGUUUCUCCAAUGUAGGAGAAGAACUAAUGGCACGUAAACAUCCUCUGUAUGAAGUCAUUGGUAUGUUUACUUUCUUUGCUACCUUUAUCAAUUUCAUUCAAUUGAUGAUCCUCGAAAGAAACGAGUUUAGUUCGUUUGCUGGAAACCCUGCUAUUGUGGGUUUAGUCAUUGUCUAUACUGUCUGUAUGUGUAUUCUCUACUCGUUGGCUCCCAUCAUGUUUCGUUGGGGAAGUGCUGUUCUUUAUAACCUCUCCUUACUGACAAGUAACUUUUACGGUCUGAUCUUUGGUAUUGGCUUAUUUGGUUAUCAUAUCACGGUCAUGUAUCCUUUUGCCUAUGUUGUCAUUAUCUUGGGUAUCGCCAUCUAUCACAUUUUCCCUACACCUGAACCCGCCAUUGGUACCUUUGAUAAAGAGACAGCACAACGAGAACAUUUGGAAUUAAUGCAUGGUCCACAACCAGACCUGGAACAACGUUUGGAAACGGAUGAAGUAUCUGAUAUCAAACACACCGUCGUCUAAAACAACGACAACAACAACACACUUUUUUUUUUUUUAUAUAUAGGGGGGAACGCCAAACAAAACACCUUUUUUUUAUUAUUAUUAUUAUUAUUAUGUACUAACGAUAACCGGUUGGGCACUUUACGUCUUUUGGCCCACCUGUAAAUAAAAAAGACGUUCCCGCUUA